GCUUAGGCUUUCAAUGAUUUGUAAUGAAUAGGGUCCCAGGAAGAGCAGAGGGCAAUCUGAGCCAAGGUGCAUUGGUCCUGCAAGUGGAGAUGACUCUGGCAGUCAGUGUCCUGCUGACCUUGGUGCUGAGUAGCUGUGGUUCCUGGGGACAAGGCUGGCCGUCUAUUAAGUGUGGCUUUGAAAAUGGUCCUGCUCAUGAGUUGAGAAAGUGGCACAGUCUAACACCGGCAGAUCUUCAUAAUCUCAGUGCCCAGUUAAUUGAAACAGAAGUGGAUACACACUUCAGGUCAUAUCUUAUAAAUAUCAGCUGGAGCCUCAGCAUGGAUGCCAGCAUCAAAGAACUGACAGCCACAAAGAUCUGUGUGAUGAGUAAAGGAACCAGAGACCAUUUUGAGUGUAUUCGGUGCAAUUACACAGAGAAGUUUCAAAGUCAAACCAUGUUUGGGAAUAGAAGAUGGCAGUUCCACUACAUUGGAUUCCCUGUAGAACCAGAAAUGUUUUAUUCUAUCAGUGCUUACAACCUUCCCCCAGCAAAUAUACAUGAGGAUUCUCCAUCAAAAUCCAUCACGUUAACUUCACCAGGUUGUAAAGAUAAUGUAAUGAAAUACAGCAAAAGUUGCAUAGAAGUGGGAAGUCUGUGGAAUCCAAAUAUAACUGCAUGUAAAAUAGAGGCAGAAGUGGAAGUGAAUUUUACCACAAGUAGCCUUGGGACCAAAUAUACCAUACUUCUCUGUGAGUGUGAGAAAUGUGAUGUACCCAUUGAACGGGAUUUGACGACAAAGAUCAAUGAAAUUAGAACUUCUAUUAGAAUACCAGUGAGUGAUCAAAGCAACAAUAUUUCUGUACAGAUAAUUCCGUAUUUUGCCAAAUGUGAAUAUGAUUGUCGAAGGCACAAAGGAACCCUAACGACAUGUGUUCAAAACCACAGUAAUGGGACCACCACAAUUGAUUCAGCUGGAAGAUAUGUGUGUUUCAUCCUUGUUGCUUUAUUUGUAACCGUGUGUGUGAUUGCUGCUGUAGUAUUUUUCAGGAACCAUGCUACAACGAAAAUGUUCUUCCAUCGUGCAGAGCUACAACAACCUGUUAAAGUACUGGUUAUAUAUCCAAAAGAAGUGUGUUUUCAGCAUACUGUCCUGGCUUUUGCUGAAUUUCUGCACAAGCACUGUCAAAGUGAUGUCAUUAUCGAUGUGUGGCAGAAAAGGAGAAUUGCUGAACAAGGCCCCGUACAAUGGCUUGCUAUUCAGAAAGAAAUUGCAGAUAAGAUAAUUUUCCUCAGUUCAAGCUCUAUCAUUACUGAGUGUGAUGCUGUUUGCCACAAAAGCAUAGGAAACCACAAAGAUAACGCUGAGUGUAUGUUCACUCUUGCAUUUAACCUCUUCUGCAGUGACGUGAAAAAUAUAUCUUCUCUGCACAAAUACAUGGUGGUUUCUUUCAAUGAAAUAAAUUCAAAAGACACUCUCCCAUGUGCUCUCAAGAGCUGUCCAAAAUAUUGUCUUAUGAAGGACAUUGACAUCUUUUGUAGAGAUCUUUCUAGUUCACAGAGGCAGGCCCAUAGCACAAAUAGAAAAUUAGUGUGUGGCUGGAGAUCUACCACUAAAUGUAUACAAACCGAGGAAUACAAUGUAUUAUGUUCUACAAUAUCAACACAGUCUCAGCAGCAGCAGGAUAUGAUUUUGUAAGGCAUUUGAUGGAUUUGAAAGGAGUUUGCUUGGGUGAAAUUAAUUCUGGAUAAAACAAGCUUUACUUUCAGCCUCUUCACUGCUUAAUUGCAGGCUCAGGGCAAAAAUCAGUUAAGAGAAACUGAAGCUAUAAAAGUCUACAUAGGAGAGGCAGCCACCCAUUCACUAGUGUAUUGUAACUUCUUUAUAUAAUUAUAAAGAAAUAUUUAAAGCUAGUCAUUUAAUUGUAAAGCUAGUUUUUAAAAUUAAGAAAGUAUAGAAUGAAAAGAUAGGUAUUGUCAGUUUGGUAUGGAAUUAUCAUUGUUACCAUAAUGUAUUUGGAAAACAAAACAAACUUUUUAAAAAUUAAUGGUCCUAUCGACUUUGGGGCAUGAUUUGGUCUUAUGUUUAAAACACAUUCUAAAAAAGGAGAAAAAUAGGUAAAUUAAAACAUGAGGGGAAAAUAUCUUGAAUCAUUUUCUGAUGAGAGGAGAAAAAUUACCAUUUUCUGUGUUUCAUAAGAUUGUUUAAAUUUAUCUUGUGCAUAUGUUAGCGGGUUUUUUCCCCUUUAUCUGCUUACUGGAUUUAAUUUAACUAAAACUUCAUGUCCUUCUCUGGACUGUUAAUGCUAUAAGAUUAUUAUACUCCUAUAUGAUAAAUUUGUGUUGAGUAAGUUUUGUAGUGUAAAUAAAGGACUUAAUACAUUUAUGUAAUAGUUAUAGCAGUUCUCUUCCUGUAGUGUCUGACGCUCAACUGCUAAGGAACUUAAAUACACUUAAGAAGCAACACUUGUUUCCCCCCCUGACUGACUGCAAGAAGGAAACAACUGGAUAGGCCACAAUACCCAUGUUUGGUUCAUGAAAUCAUCUGCCAUAUGUGCAAGUCAGCCCCCACUGAUGAUACUGAUAACCAUGUGGAAUUAUGAAAUGUUUAUUGUACAGAACCCCUGUGAAGACUAUCAAAUCCAAAUAUGAUCUCUGUAAAUAUGUACAUUUUCUGUAAUACAGUUCAGCUACCACAUUUUAAAAAAUUAAAUAAGUGUUUUAUACA